AUGUUUAAACCUGGGCCACCACCUCAAGCUCAACAACACAAAAUCAGUGUAGGCCAGCCUGAAGCUGUAGAGGACCUUGAUGAAAUUUUGGAUAUUUUGAGUGAAGUCAAUCACAACACAGUUAGCACUGUAGCCAAGAAUCAUGGCCUUGAAAUAAUGGAGUUUGAUGAUGAUACCCAAGAUCAGAUCCCUGAUCCACCAGCCAUUCAGCAAAACCCACCAGUCACAGUGGAAGAUUGGCCAGAACCUCCAUUUGAUGGCUCUGAUGAUCAAGAGUCUGAUAUUGAUGAUGUUCCAGCUGAUUCUCCAGAUCAGGAUCCACCAUUUGUGGAGUCUGAUGGACCCCCAGCUUAUCAUCCUGACAACAAGAUGGAGUUCAGCAAUGAAGAGCUCCAACAAUUAUUGGAGCUGCAUCUUGGCUCAAUGAGCAAGGCAGAGUGGUUUGAGCUGUGUACAUCUAAGCCCAAUACAUUGAUGAUAUACUAA